AUGGCAGCAUUAGAUGGAGGGAGGCUGACCAGAUGGAUUCCUGACAGCAGAGCAAACAGACAAGAUGAUCAACAGACUCCUGCUGUCAGUCUCUCAUCCAUAAGGAUUGUGCUGCUGGGUGAAACUGGUGUAGGGAAAAGUGCAUGUGGAAAGACAAUACUGGGACAGAAAGAGUUCGGAUCUGAGAAAAGACAGACUGUAGUAACAACUGAAUGUUCAGAAGCACAUGCCACUGUUUCAGGCAGAUCUGUGUCUGUAGUUGAUACUCCUGGAUUCUUUGACACUCAGAUGAGGCCUGGAAAGUUAAUGACAGCGAUAGCAAGAAGUGUUUAUUUAUCCAGUCCUGGACCUCAUGCAUUUCUCAUUGUGUUCAGAGUAAUUGACAGAUUCACUGAGCAGGAGCAGCAGAUUCCUCAGAUGAUUGAGAUGAUGUUUGGUCAGGAGGUGUUAAACUAUUCCAUCAUUCUCUUCACUCAUGGAGAUCAGCUAGAUGAGCCCUUGGAGGAGCUCAUUGAGGAGAACAGUAGAUUAAGACGUCUAGUUCAGCAGUGUGGAAACAGAUUUCACAUCUUCAACAACAGAGAUGAGAAUAGCAGAGAGCAGGUGAAUGAUCUACUGCAGAAGAUUGACACAAUGAUAGAGCAGAAUGGAGGAGGACAUUACAGUAAUCAGAUGUUUUAAGAUGCUCAGAGAUUCAGACAAGCGGAAGAAGAG